AUGCUGGAUUGUACAUCGCCAAGAUUGUUGAGAAUAAAAUCUACUAGUGACAGGAAAUUACAAAAGCAAAUAACAGAUGAAAUUGAAUAUAUCUCAAAAUAUUUUAAAGAAGAAGCAUAUGACAAUCCUGAUAUACUCAUAUUUAAAUCAAAAUUACAUGAAAAUAAUAAACGAAUUAAUCAAAAAAAUUAUGAAGGAGCCAAAGAACAAUAUUUACAAGCUUUGGAAGAGUGUAUAAAUCUCCCAGAAUCUGAACGACAGCCAAAAGAGGUGGCAAUUAAAUUCAACUUGGCUCGUGCAUAUGAAAAUCUUGGAUCAUACAGUGAAGCAGAAGCUUUAUAUCGAGAAUUGACACUGGCGCAUCCUUCAUUCAAGAUGGCAAACAUGCGAUUGGGUGGAGUGUUGGAAAAAACAUUAUACAUGUUUCCAGAAAAGGUCAACCAAUACUAUGAGGAAUUGUCAGAAAUUGAUGAAAAAAAUCUAGAAAUCAAAAAGCUUCAUGCCAGUUUUCUAAUUAGACAAGGUGAUUUGAAAAAAGCAAAAAAAAUACUUGAUUCUAUAUCAUCACACAAAGCCAGCUCAAGUAUUUUGACUUUAUUGGGUAGUCUACAUUUAUCAAAAGCAAGAACUUACAAACUUGAAUCACAACGAACUGAACGUGAUGCCUAUUAUAAAAAAUCAGUCGAGUAUUUUAAAUCGGCUUUGAAAACUGGCGAAAAAGGAAAAAAUUUGUAUGCAUGUAAUGGGAUUGCUGUUGCAAUGGCUGAAACUGGAAGGAUAAAAGAAGCAAAUGAACUGUUCUAUACUUUGGUCACAGCAAAAAGAACAAAUGCAGACUUUGCAAUUAAUUAUGCACAUACUUGUUGUCAUCUUGGACAGUAUACAGAGGCUAUAAGAUAUUAUGACUAUGCAUUAAAAAAAAGCAAAGAUAGUAAUUCGCAAUGCAUUGAAUGGAUAGCAAGAACAUAUUAUAUUUACGCAAAAGAAAACAAAAGUUUAGAGUUGAUGGAGAAGGCAUUAGAUUGGACUCAAAAAGCAUAUGAAUUAGAUCCAACAAAUAAACUAGUGCAACACAAUAUUGCCUUAUUAGAACAGGGAAUGGCACAAUUCUUAUUAGAAAAAAUUGCAAAUUCGUCACAAAAAUCUGAAGAUAUCAGAAGAGCUAUUGAACGUGCCGAAAGAGCAAACACUGUAUUUGAGUCGUUGCUUACAGAAGAAAAUAGACAUUUACCAAUUGAACAUGAACGUGUUAGGAAUCGUACAAACUUUGGUGCGUCGACGAUCACUUCAUUGAGUAAAAAACUUAUUGAAGCAGUUGAUAGAGAAAUGACAGAGAAAGAGUCACUCGAGGAGCAAGAAAAAAUGAAAAUUGAAAUGCAAAGAUUAGAAGAGGAGAAAAAAGCAUAUGGAAGACAACCAACCGUCAAUCCGUUUAUUAACUUUUUUUCCGAUGCUUGUCAAAAGGUUGAAGAAGAACGUAUCAGAAGGGAAGAAAUGGAAAUAAAGAGAAAAGAAGCAGAGGAAAAAAAUAAACAAAUGCAACAAUAUAUUGAACUGCAAAAAAGAUCUCUCGAAUUAGAGGAACGCAAAUACGAAGAAGAACUGAGAUUAGCAAUAGAACGUUCACUCGAAGAAACAAAAAGUCCUAAACCAUCAACUACUAUCAAGAAUAAAGAAAGGAUUAUCAAAGAAACAAAAACGAAAAAGCCAGAAAUUCCAAAAAGAGUUAAGGCACUAUAUGAUUUUGUACCUAAUGAAAGUGGCGAACUUGGUUUCGUACGCGGUGAUGUUAUCAAAGUUCUUGACAGUAUCUAUAGAGAAUGGUGGCGUGGUGAAUUACGUGGAAAGAUUGGUAUUUUUCCAGUAAAUUACGUUGAAGUCAUAAAUGAGCCGACUGUUGCAGAUAUUACAAAAGAAGCUGAAAUGGAAUUAGCGGUAUUUGAGCAGGCUCAAAAAAUAGACAAAUUACUGGAAAAAUUGGAAAAGAUUGAUCCAUCGAAAGAUGCGGCGGAAGACGAAGAAAUUCAGGAAUUAUAUCAAUCAACAUUACCUAUUCGAUCAAAAUUGGUCAAACUUAUUGAGAAAUAUAGUCAGAAGAAAGUAUCAUAUCCACAGUAUCCAACCAAAAGUAGUAUAAUUGAACAGCCAACUUAUUCUACAACAAGAAGAGAUACAUUACCUCUUCCUCAAAUACCUGUGUAUCAACAAUCCAAUUCUAACGAAAUAAGUCAACUCCCACCACAACCACAACCAAUAAAAUCUGAUCUCAAUAUCACUUCUCAACAAAUUCCACAGCAAACUCAUUAUAAAUUGUUCUCAAAUACAAAUAAUCAAGACUCUUCGAGCUUGCUUAAUCAAAUCCCUUUACCAUAUCAAUCUAGCACACAAGAUAUUCAAGCUCUACAACAAAACAAUAUCCAGGCUCAAUUGCAACUGCAAGCUCAACUGCAAGCUCAAGAGCAAGCUCAACUGCAAGCUCAACUGCAAGCUCAAGAGCAAGCUCAACUGCAAGCUCAACUGCAGGCUCAGAAGCAGGCUCAAGAGCAAGCUCAACUACAGGCUCAGAAGCAGGCUCAAGAGCAAGCUCAACUCCAGGCUCAACAGCAGGCUCAACUCCAGGCUCAACAGCAGGCUCAACUCCAGGCUCAACAGCAGGCUCAACUCCAGGCUCAACUCCAGGCUCAACAGCAGGCUCAACUCCAGGCUCAACAGCAAGCUCAAGAGCAAGCUCAACAGCAGGCUCAACUCCAGGCUCAACUGCAAGCUCAAGAGCAAGCUCAGCAGCAGGCUCAACUGCAAGCUCAGCAGCAAGCUCAACUCCAGGCUCAACUCCAGGCUCAGCAGCAAGCUCAACUGCAGGCUCAACAACAGGCUCAACAACAGGCUCAACAGCAAGCUCAACUGCAGGCUCAAAAGCAGGCUCAAGAGCAAGAUAUUACAGCUGCUCUUCAGCAAGUUACUGCUGCUUUUCAACAAGUUCCACAACAAGCCUCACAGCAAGCUCCACAGCAAUCUUCUCUUCAUAACACACAAUAUCAACUACCAGUCAUUAACACUGCUAAUAUUAAUAACCUGCCAGGGCAGCAAAAUGCUUUUGAUCCAAAUCAACAAUCACAACCACAACAACCACAAGAAUCUUCAAUUCAACUAGCUUCUAUUUUACAACAGCAGCAGCAAUCAAUACCAUCACCAUCAUCAGUAAACCCACAUCAACAUCUAUUACAACAGCAACAACAACUACCACAAUAUUUAAAUAAUCAAACUUCAAGUAUGCCUCCUACAUUACAACCCCCAAAUAUACAAAAUUCUUCAGCAGCAUAUAUUAUUAUUCCAUAA